GUGGCAGUACUGGGAGGAAGUGAGCGAAGAGCAGAGGAAUGCGCUUGGAAGUAGUGGAGUUUAGCUCAGAGAGUCCUCAGCCCAGUUUGUCUGUCUGUUGAUCUAUUUGUUUAUCUAUCUAUCUGUCUCUCUGUCUAUCCAGGAAGAAGAGAGAGAAAACAAGAAAGAGAGAGAUAAACGCUAGACGACUGGGAACAUGCCUCAUUUCACUGUGGUUCCAGUAGAGGACAAAUCCCAGUCUAACUAUGACAGCCUGGAAGGAAUUAACUGGGUGGAUUACAGAGACACGGGGCAAGAAGGAUACCCUGGACAUGGAGACACAGUCAGCUCGGAUGGUCAUGGCAAUCAUAAAGAAGACAGUCCUUUCCUCAAUACAGACUCAUCAAGGAGGACUGACUAUUAUGACAAGAACUUGGCCUUGUUUGAGGAGGAGUUGGACAUUAGGCCAAAGGUGUCCUCCUUUCUCAGCCGCUUGGUCAACUACACAAAUAUUACUCAGGGGGCAAAGGAGCACGAGGAGGCGGAAAGUGCUGACGCCUCCAAGAGGAAAAUUCCUAAGUCUCCGAACAUGGGAACGCUGAUGGGAGUUUACCUGCCGUGUCUGCAGAACAUAUUUGGGGUUAUUCUUUUCUUGCGUCUCACCUGGAUCGUAGGCACAGCUGGAGUUGUGCAGUCGUUCCUCAUAGUCCUGAUGUGCUGCUCCUGUACGAUGCUCACAGCGAUAUCGAUGAGUGCUAUUGCUACCAAUGGCGUUGUUCCAGCUGGGGGAGCGUAUUUUAUGAUAUCUCGCUCUCUGGGGCCUGAGUUUGGAGGAGCCGUUGGGCUUUGUUUCUACUUGGGCACAACCUUUGCUGCUGCCAUGUAUAUCUUGGGUGCCAUAGAAAUAUUUUUGAAAUACCUGGUGCCUCAGGCGGCCAUAUUCCAUGCCACAGAUAUCCACGCAGGAAGCAGUGCCAUGCUGAACAACAUGAGAGUCUAUGGCACCAUCUGCCUGAGCCUCAUGGCGGUGGUGGUGUUUGUUGGGGUGAAAUAUGUGAACAAGUUUGCCUCCCUCUUCCUCGCCUGUGUCAUCAUCUCCAUUGUUUCCAUUUACGCUGGGGCGGUCAAGUCCGUCUUCCACCCUCCGGAUUUCCCAAUCUGCAUGCUGGGGAACAGAACAUUGGCUCGAGAUCUUUUUGAUGUGUGUGGAAAAACAGAAAUCAGAGGAAAUGAGACAGUCCCCAGUAAGCUGUGGAAGAACUUCUGCACUUCAGAGAAUGCCAGCAGUGCUCACUGUGACGAGUACUUUGCCCAGAACAACAUAACCGAGAUCCAAGGCAUUCCUGGAAUGGCCAGUGGAAUUAUCAGAGAGAACAUGUGGGGUGAUUACAUGGAGAAAGGGCAGAUUCUGGAGAAACCCAGUCUGCCCUCUGUAGAUGUCCACGGCUCUAUGGAGUCGUUUGGUUUUUACGUGUCUGCAGACAUCGCCACCUCCUUCACCCUCCUCGUCGGAAUCUUCUUUCCAUCAGCAACAGGCAUUAUGGCUGGAUCCAAUAGAUCAGGAGAUCUGAGAGAUGCUCAGAAGUCCAUUCCUGUUGGGACAAUACUGGCCAUUACAACCACCUCCCUUGUCUAUUUCAGCUCUGUGGUCAUUUUUGGGGCCUGCAUUGAAGGUGUGGUUCUCAGAGACAAGUUUGGAGAUGCUGUCAGCAAAAACCUGGUUGUUGGCACUCUCUCCUGGCCAUCUCCUUGGGUCAUCGUGAUUGGCUCCUUCUUUUCCACAGUGGGGGCAGGACUACAGUCUUUGACUGGAGCUCCACGCCUCCUGCAAGCCAUUGCUAAAGACAACAUUAUUCCUUUCCUCCGGGUAUUCGGACACGGUAAAGCCAACGGGGAGCCGACGUGGGCCCUGCUGCUGACCGGACUCAUAGCAGAGCUGGGCAUUCUGAUCGCCUCGCUGGAUAUGGUGGCUCCUAUUCUCUCUAUGUUCUUCUUGAUGUGUUACCUGUUUGUAAACUUGGCGUGUGCUGUACAAACUCUCCUACGAACCCCAAACUGGAGGCCGAGGUUUAAAUACUAUCACUGGGCUCUGUCUUUCCUGGGAAUGAGUAUGUGUCUGGCCCUCAUGUUCAUCUCUUCCUGGUAUUAUGCCAUUGUAGCGAUGGGCAUUGCUGGCAUGAUCUACAAGUACAUUGAGUACCAGGGGGCAGAGAAGGAGUGGGGUGAUGGGAUACGUGGUCUUUCUCUGAGUGCUGCCAGAUAUGCUCUUCUUCGUUUGGAAGCUGGACCACCACACACUAAAAACUGGAGACCCCAGUUGCUGGUGCUGCUGAAGCUGGAUGAAGAUCUGCACGUGAAGUAUCCCAGGAUGCUAACCUUUGCCUCACAGCUGAAGGCAGGAAAGGGUCUCACAAUCGUGGGAUCAGUAAUCCAGGGCAACUUUCUAGAUAGCUAUGGAGAAACACAGGCCUCAGAACAGGCAAUUAAGAACAUGAUGGAGAUAGAGAGAGUAAAAGGCUUUUGCCAGGUGGUGGUGGCUUCCAAGGUUAGGGAAGGAAUUUCCCACCUGAUCCAAUCCUGUGGACUGGGUGGGAUGAAACACAACACAGUGGUUAUGGGAUGGCCAUAUGGCUGGAGGCAGAGCGAGGAUCCUCGAGCAUGGAAAACCUUCAUAAAUACUGUCCGCUGCACAACAGCUGCCCAUCUGGCUCUGAUGGUGCCGAAGAACGUGUCGUUUUACCCCAGCAACCAUGAACGCUUUACCGAUGGGCACAUUGACGUGUGGUGGAUAGUCCAUGAUGGAGGAAUGCUCAUGCUGCUGCCCUUCCUCCUCAAACAGCACAAGGUUUGGCGAAAGUGUAAGAUGCGUAUUUUUACGGUGGCCCAGAUGGAUGACAACAGUAUACAGAUGAAGAAGGACUUGGCCACUUUCCUGUACCAGCUCAGGCUAGAGGCCGAAGUGGAGGUGGUGGAAAUGCAUGAUAGUGACAUCUCUGCGUACACCUACGAGAGGACACUAAUGAUGGAGCAGAGGUCACAGAUGCUGAGGCAGAUGAGACUGUCCACUGCCGAGAGGAACAGAGAGGCCCAGCUGGUGAAGGACAGGCACUCGUUGGUGCGGAUGGGCAGUCUGUACUCAGACGAAGAAGAGGAAUCUAUAGAUGUGGUGCCUGAGAAGAACCAGAUGACGUGGACCAAGGACAAGCUGGACGCAGAAAGACGCAACCGAAACAAUGCUCCAGAAAACUUCAGAGAGCUUAUUAGUAUUAGACCAGAUCAGUCCAAUGUGCGACGGAUGCACACAGCAGUGAAGCUCAAUGAGGUUAUUGUAAACAGAUCCCAUGAUGCCAGACUGGUGCUGCUCAACAUGCCGGGGCCUCCACGCAACGCUGAAGGUGAUGAGAACUACAUGGAAUUCCUGGAGGUGCUGACGGAGGGGCUGGAGAGAGUGCUGCUGGUGAGGGGUGGAGGGCGUGAGGUCAUCACCAUCUACUCCUAAACUAGUCACCGCCUGGAACUCUACAGGAACUCUAGAGGACUCGCCCCUGAAUAUUAGAGAACGACGCUGUGCAAUGCAGAUCAUACAGAUAUUACCUGAACGGGAAUCUAGAUAUCAUAUAUCUAUAGUUUCUAAGAUUUCUACACUGAACUGUAUCAUGAGAUACAUUUAUUGUGCUUUAUAUAUAAUAAUAAUAAUAAUAAUAAUAAUAAUAAUAAUAAUAAUAAUAAUAAUAAUAAUAAUAGUAAUAUAAUUUGGGAUUCAUUAUCAACAGCUACACAAUCUACAAAAUGAUCAAGCAUAACAUUAAGUCCACCUUUUUGUUUUUUACACCUAUUAUCCAUUUUUUUCAGCUCCACUGAGCAAAUAGGACACUUUAUUAUCCUUCUUUCACUCUGGGUGCGGUGACACAGCAGUGCUGCUGGAGUUUUUAAACACCUCAAUGUCACUGCUGGACUCAGAAUAGUCCUUCAAUAGCAUCCUGUCAGCAGUGUCCUGUAAGCAUUCUCCUAAUAUUGUCCUGUGACCACUGAUAAAGCUUUAAAAAAUGGAUAAUUGUCGUAAAACUAGGAGGUGGUCAUAAUGUUUUGCUUGAUCAGUGUAUGUAUGCCAAUGGGACACAUUACAUGGUCAAGCAGAAAGUAGAUUGCAUCAGAAUUUAAUUAAAGUAAAGAGAAACUGAACGGUUUGGUGUGGUGGUCCGGAAGUGAGAGAUGUUCAGAUGAAUUUCUGGCGUAUUGCUAUCUUGGCAGUGGAAAACACAGGUGCUCCACUUACUGAUUAAAACCCUGAGUCCAUUCCUAUAGGUGCAUUAUGCGUGCUGCAGAAAGCAAACCCGACUUUUAGCUCAACAACAAACAGAAUAAAUAAUAAAUAAAAAAUAAAAACACAUUACUGUUCCUUUUAAUAAGUUGCUGGCUAAUCUUCACUGCGUGAAUGCCCAGGUCAGUAUCCUCUGCUGAGACUCAUGAAAGUGCUGCACUGUUAAGAUACGAACGCGCCAAAGUCAGAGCUCACCUGGCUCUUAAAGGGAAUAACAACUGGCACACUGAUUGGUUUAUUUCACAAACCCAUGAUUAAUUAAGAGAAUUAGUACAUGCCUUUUAAAAUCAAAAAGGUGCAUCAAUGGGCUACACCUUUACCUUUAGGUUCUUCACACUUUUUUCACACGUUUUUUUGUAUUACAGAUAUGAUUCUUUUCGAACCAAGAGUUUUAUGGGAUUACUCAACAGAACACUGACAUGCCUCAAGAGUAGCUUAUCUGUUCACAUGGACAAUUCUAGCCACUGUGGAUCGAGGAAUAGUAGACACAUCCAUCUGGGCCGACUUUUAACUCUACAAUAAACAGAAUACAGAAUAAAAUAACAUUGCUGUUCCCUUAAAUUAGCUGCUGGUGCACCGUCACAUGCAGGUCAUUAUCCUCUGCUGAGAAGCACAAAAGCGCUGCACUGUUAAGAUAGUCACCCACUAUUAGCACUUUUCCACCGUUCUUGUUCACGAAUCUAAUUUUGAACUGGUUCGCCGCCUUUGCACCAACAAAAGUAGGUUUCGGAACCAGAAACGUUCGUUUGCAGCGAAGAAUACUAGUAAUGAAAAGUACUAUGAUUCUUAUAAACACGAACGAAACUAUUUCAAGAACCAGAAUUCUGUUGGUGGAAAAGCUUAUACACUGAAUUUUUGCUCCAGUAAGGGAAAAAAGACCAACCAAAAGCAUUGUGCAAGACUGGUGGAGGAGAACAUGAUGCCAAGACGUAUGAAAACUGGUGUAUAUGACAUACUGCUAUCCCACGCCUUUUAGCAUGUCAGUAUUUGAACUGGCUACACCUACAGUUUACUUUAUUUGUACUCUAUGAGCUUUAGGGAGCUUUAGUUAAGAAUUAGCUUUUAUUCCCCCCUCAGACUGACUGUUCAAACACCAGUGCCAAACUCAGAUUUUACUCGAAACUGUUUUAAAAUGUUACGCUAUUUAUUUUCUUAUUUAUUUUAUACUUUUACUCCCCAUUAUUCUGAGAGCUUUAGGUUGUAGGUGCUGAUCUGAGGAGGGGCUGAGGGAUUUUAUUGGGAUUUUGUUCUGAUGUAGUGAUUUUAUAAAUUAUGACUUUUUGUUUUUUGUACUGGAUUUUUUGAAAGAGAGAAAAUUUGAUAUGUAAUUUUUGUAAAUGAAAUAUGUAAUAUGCAUAAACACACACACAGCUCACAGUGACAGAUGUGACAGUGCUUUUGGAAGCAGAAGGUAUUGCUAUGUAUAUGAUUUUUAUUUUUGUCUGUGUUGUAGAAUGCAGUAUCUGUACAGGUGGGUAGUUAUGUUUGUUUUAUUUGUUAAACAUGGAAAAAUUAAAAAUGUAAAUCAUUUAAAAACAAGGAAAAGGACAAGGUUCCAGCCCUGGCUGCCUUGAUGACUGUCACCAUGAAAUGAAACUUUAUUUGCCUCUGUUGAUGCAAACCAGCCUGAAGGUCACAUGCAAAUUCAGAAAUAAAAGUGUAACACUAUUUAAACUUCA